UGUUAGAUUGGUUGUACGGGGUAACUUUGAGGGGCGGUGCGCUCAGUUCCGAUGAUAAAUCAGAUUCUUGUUUACAGGCUGAUAAAGGAUGUUUGUUAAAAUAGCUCCCCGAUGUUAAGACUCUGGAUGGGGGACGAUAUGAACUGAGAUGGACCGAAGGAGCGGAGUUUACCGCUGGAGUCAACGGUAGUCCCCGCUCACCCGGGAAACGCUGUAUUUUAAAACACUGCCUCUUUUUUUUGUGCGCACAGGGACAGUGAUUUUAACCCACGUGCUGAGUUUUAUUAUACAUAAAUAUUAUUUAACUUUGCUCCUCGUUGACUGGGAUCACACUGAACUUCAUAUAUUGCAGAAAAAUACAGAGAAAAGCUUUAAAAAAAAACAUUGUUGAUUUUAUUUAAGUGGUUUGUUCGAGUGUUGAAUAAUAUAGUUAUAAAUUGGGGUAAAUUCCACAGAACAUUCCGUCUGAGGGGAGUUUCCCUUAGAAGAGGGCGUAUAUACAGCCUCAAAGGUUUUAUUUUGAUAGGUCAGAGAGGAAGGGUUUUAAAUGCAAUUUGACAGACAGUGGUGCUACUGUCCUCAGAUCAGCAGUCAGCUGAGAAUCUGCUGGUUGACUGACUGCGAGAGGAAGUCAGAGACAAACAAACAAACAAACAAACAAAAAGUAUGGAUGACUUCCUGAUGUCGAGCAGCGCUGCAGCAAAGACCAGUUUCCAGGGCAAGAAAAAAGUCCACGUCGUCCUGGGCAGUGAGUCAUGUGACCUAGACUCUGUGGUGUCGUCGUUGGCGAUGGCCUACUUCCUGUCAAGGACGUCCGGUCCUCCAGGGGGUUCUCUGGUUCUUCCGGUUCUCAAUGUUCCACGAUCGCAGUUCCACCUGCGAGCCGAAGUCCUCCUGCUGCUGAGGGAGGCCGGCGUCGCCCCUGAGACCCUGGUGUUCAGAGAUGAGGUGGACCUGGGCCGUCUCCAUGGCGACAGGAGGCUGGCACUGACGCUGGUGGACCACCAUGUCCUGCCGAGUACCUACAGCUGCCUGGAGGGGGCAGUAGUAGAAGUAAUCGACCACCAGCAGUUAGAGACGACGACCUCCUUCUCCUGUCAUGCCACCAUGGAGGUGGUGGCAUCGUGCACUACCUUGGUAACGGACCGGAUUCUGUCCAGAGCGCCCGAGAUCCUGGACAGACAACUGGCUCUGCUGCUGUAUGGUGUGAUGGUGGUGGACAGUGCAAUUCUGUCUCCUCAGGUCGGUAAAGGGACGAUCAAAGACAGUCAGAUGGUCCUACUGCUUCAGACACAGUUUCCUGAUCUGCCACACAGAGGCGCUCUUCACACCUCCCUGCACACAGCAAAGUUUGACCUGUCAGGUCUCUCCACAGAGCAGAUCCUCCUGAAGGACAUGAGGACGGUUUACGGUGGCGGCAUCAGAGUGGCUGUCAGCAACGUCUACACAAGUCUGGAUUCGUUCCUGCGCAGGGAGAAUCUGCAGCAGCAGCUCUGUGACUUCUGCCGCUCGCACCGGCUGGACGCUGUGGUCGCCAUGAUGAUCUCCUUCAACGACCAAUCGGACGAGCCCAUCAGGCAGCUGGCGGUCUACAGCUCCAGCUCGCAGUACAGGCAGGAGAUUAGCCACGCCCUCGUGAACAACCAGAGCCCCGCCCCCUGCCUUUCUCCUGUCACCAGCCCAUAUAAGGACAUCCUGGCUUAUCACCAAGGCAACGCUCUGGCCUCUCGCAGAAAACUCCUUCCUGUCCUCACACACUUCCUGUCUCACUGGUGGCAGAGAGAGGUGCAUUGUGGGGCAGAUGGCGGGGAGGUGUUGGAGGACCAACUCGACCAAUCGGAGGUGAUGGUCUCGGACACCGACCUCGCCGACGACCUCCUGCCUCACGGUUACUCCAUCUCUCGUCACCACCGGCGGCGGCUCCAGAUGGGAGCAGAGGAUUAUGGGAACGUGGAGGAGGAUCACUGCGGCAGGACGACGCCGCCGGCGCCGAUGAACAGUUUGGUGGACGGCUGCCCGCUAGACGGCGGCUUCAACCAGGAAGCUUUACUGGAGAAGUUCAACAGGAUGGGAGGCGUGGAGGAGGAGCAGGGAGGGAGUGGGCGGUAGAGAGGAGGAGGAGGAACAUGGCGGACUCCUUCGCUCUUAGUGACUCUUAGGCUAAAAAUAAUAAUCUAAACCGCAGACGUGUGAUGAGACCGUAACACUAUCUUUAAGAAAUCUUCGCUGUAGAAUUAUAUGAAAAUCUUGAGCAUGAAACAGUUAAUUUCCUGCAUUCUUCUGACUUUUUCUGCACUAAUUAUGUUUUUAUUUAUGUAAAGGAAACUUAAAAAUUCAAACUUGCUGCUCUCAGAUCUGUUUCUCCUGUCGAACUUGUUUAACAUCGUCCCUGCUGAGUCCUGGUUCAGUCUUCCCUCCUCUUUGUGUCUUUGUUUGGGGAAGUAACCUGUUUGAUUUUCACCUCAGUGACAAAUUAUUUAGUUUGAAUUCAGUGAUAAACUCCUGGACUUUAAUAGCUCCUGUGUUUCAGCAGAUUUUCAAAACUUUCUGCACAUUCAGAAUCUCUCCCACAGAUCUGUGUCUCUGAACUCGUUCAGGUUUCCCCUUCAGACCGUCUGACAGACGCAGUUUGGGACUGAUGUGUUGCUGAAACCGAAAGUAACUGAAAACGCUUGUGAUCAGGCAGAAAUCUCGCCACAAAUCCACACGUUAACUUCAGCAGCUCACACUCCUCAUCCAGAGCAAAGCUGCUUCACUUUGCAGAUGUUAUAUUUUAAAACUCUACCGGCUACGUAACCACUCGGCCACAAGCUGGCGGUUCACUUGAUCACAGCGUACGCUGGUGUCGCAUCAGCUGGGCGGAGUUGAUUCACACCGCAAGUCGAUGUCAUUGGUUAUUAACAGUGCUGGGGUCGAGAACCUCCUCAUAUGUAAUUUAGUUACAAAAUUAAAGUAACUGUAAUAUAAUUUAAACACACUAAUGCAACAGUGUGCACUUCUGUACGACGUAUAUCUGUAUCUGACUAAUCCCACAAACAUCGCCGGCCCAUUUGUUGCAUCUCACACUCUUAAACCACGUCUCCUUUGGAAUACUGCAUGAAAAUGGCUCCACGUAGAUGAAGCCAAAAGAGAUGUCAGCAGCUUAUGUCCAAGUCCUCAGCUGUACUUCUGAUUAAUUUGUUCUUUAACUUCACCUGCCUGACUGACUGUAACACUAUGUCAGGUGGUGUACUGAUAUUUUCUCUCUUCCUUCCUUGCAAAUACAAAUUGAUUACAAGCUUAUUUGUCUACUACCCUUGUUGCCUAACUGUAAUAAUAACUGUAUGAUGUAGAGUCUGUGUGUUUGUAUCUACUAACAUACUCUACAUACCUACAGACCGUAUAAACUCUGUCAUGAAUUCAGUCUUGUCCAGGCGUACGGCUGCUGCUGUAAACUACAGAGUAUAAUAUUAUAUUUACAGAAUCAUUUAAUACUGCUGUCAGAGGUAACUACACAAUUUCACAUAGUGUUUUGAGCACGUUCUAUGUGUUUAUUUGUACUGCGGCAACUAAUCACAUGUGACGACUUGCCCCAAAGUCACUGAGACAACUUGCCCCAAACUGACAUGUGUGCUAAUGUUGGCUAAAUCUCAAGGUUAGCUUAGCAUAGCACAUCAGCUGAAGUAUCAAAAGACACGUUAUUGUCUCCUCUACUUUGUGCAAAUUUAUCAUUUUGAACAUCCACACGUAAUAAGGUUGGAAUACAUGAAAUGUAAAGUGCAAAUGUUUUACUUUUGAAGCAGAAAAAUAAUAAAAUUGUGCUCACCUCAGA